CGCAUCCUUUCUUCUCAACCGCAAUCAGCGCCGCCAACAGCACAGCACCGCAAACCUCCCCUCCCACGCUCAAGUGUUUUCCCCCCAGCAUGUCGCACCCGAGCACAUCCGCCCACGCGCACGCAUCCGCCCACGCACCUCGGCGAUCAAAGAAAGCGACGCAAGUGAGCGCAGUGCUGGACGCUUCACUGCGCUCUUCCCUCGCACACCUCCCCUCGCUGCUGUACGAACCGCUGCUGGCGCGCAACAUUGCAGCUCAAUCCAUCGUGCUGGAACUGACCCGCUUGGUGGGCGAGCGGGAGCGGGAGCGGGAGCGGGAGGGCAAAGAUGAGCAGCAGCAUGCAGAUGCGCACCCGCACCCGCACCCGCACCCGCACCACACAACGACGAGAAGGGAUGUGGUGUAUGCUGGAUGGAGCGGUCUGCCCUCCUCUGCCACUUCCAGCGCCUCGCCUGCACCAGCAUCCGCAUCCACAUCCUCACCCGCACCCGCACCCGCACAUCCACCUCUCACGCUCUCCCCGCUCUUGGCAGCAUCCUUCUCCCCACCUCUCCAACCGCACGAAACGCUGCACCUGAUCCUCUUGCGUUCGCCUCCUCUGCCCAUCGCUACACGUCUUCGAGUCACGCCGCUCACGCCAGACGAUUGGGAAAUGCUGAGCGCGAAUGCUGGAAUGGUGGAGGAGCACUUGUUGGCACAGGUCAGGGCUGCCAAAACCGGCAGCGUGAUACACGUCGCGCUGGGUACGCGCACAGGCGCCCAUUCCAGUUGCGCUUUCCACGUCGAUUCGACGGAACCUGGCAGCGCGGCGCACGAUGGAGCUUCUGCAGCGAGAGCUGUGAAAUUGACCACAGACACCGAGAUCAUCGUCGCUCCUCGCGUGCGCAAAUCUGCCGCGGAAUCGGCAGCCGCAGAACACCACGCCAUCCAUUCUUCCAACACCGCCACCGCUGGCACUGCUUCACCGAGCUCGUCAGCCAGCGCAGCUGCACAAGCCCUCGCCACGCUGUCCAAGCAGCUGCAUCGCAUCCUGCCCGCCAAACUCAGCAACAGCAGCAGCGGCAGCAGCAGCAGCAGCAGCCCGACGCCAUCCCUUCCUCCACCCACAUGCAUCUGGGUGAGCAGACGCACAGCCCAGCUCCUCUCCCUCGCUCUAGGCUCCGACGAAGAGGGCACGUGCGGAAAGGCGGCCUUGACGCUGGUCAAGUGUCCCACGGCCGCGCAUGUCCGACCGGGUGUGGGCAAGGCAAGAGGGGCAAAAGAGGAUGCGCAUGCGGAUGCGGAUGCGGAUGCGGAUGGACAGGCUGCUAGGCCUACGCGAUCGGUCGUCUGGCACGUCUGCGAGCACGUGCUCGAUAGGAAUGUCGUGCUGGGCAAGGCGGUGCAGCAAGGUCUGGGCGCGCGCGAUUGGGAGCUGGUCAGCUUCUCCUCAGCUUCUCCUGGCUUUUCUUCUCGACCUUCUACGCCUAGCGCAGAGCUGGAUGAGCCAGACUUGGUCGUGGAGAGUGACGAGGAAGAGGAGCUGUCUGGGAUGAGCGGAUUGAUGGAUCGCGCGUACAGCCAUCUCUACACUGCGCUGCGUUCUCAGCGCCUCGCAGCGCUCCAAGCAGGUCGGGGGACAGAGAUGAAUACGCGAGCCAGCGGAGCGCUUCACGUUACAGGAGCAUCGGGAACGGGCAAGUCGACAUUCUGUCGAUCCUUGUGCCGCUCCAUGGAAGCGCACGGCAUCGCAUCGAUCCGCAUCGACUGCGCGCACUACUCCGAACUCCGACCAGCGGCUCUGCGCAGCAAAGUGCGCGAAUGGGUCAAUGCUGCUGCCUGGUGCGCUCCCAGUGUGCUCUGGCUGGACGAUGUGGAGCGUGUUUGUCCGGCAGAGGUGGAGCAUGCAGAAGGAACGCAUGCUAGAUUCUCGGCAGAGACGUUGCUGGCUGCGGUGCAGAGGAGGGAGAGCAACGUGCUGCUGCUGUGCUCUAGCAACGGCAAUGUGCACAAGGAGCUUGCUAAUUCGCACGUAUUCAAGUUGACGCUGCAGAUCAAGACGCCGGAUAAGCAGGCUAGAAAAGAGAUCAUCGGGGCACUGGUGCGUGAGCGAUCAGCCAAGAUGAAAGAGCAGCAGCAGGGCCAGCAGCAGCAGCACGUUGCGCUGGAUGUGGUGCAGCUGGCGGGAAAGACGGAAGGGUACUGUCCUGCGGAUCUGCGAGAUCUGGUCGAGAGGGCCGCGCACCAGGCUGCUAUACGCGUCGCAAAAGUGGAGAGCGAGACGAGUUUGACGCUUGGCAUGUCGGAUUUCGAUGCGGCACAGCAUGGUUUCGUGCCGUUGAAUCUGCGCGACGUGAAAUUGGAGACGUCCAGCGUAGCUUGGAGCGAUAUAGGCGGACUGCAAGCGACGCGACAAACGCUUCGAGAGACGCUCGAAUGGCCCACCAAGUACGCGGCCAUUUUCAAGAAUUGCCCGUUGAGAUUGAGGAGCGGAUUGCUGCUCUACGGAUACCCUGGAUGCGGAAAGACGCUCUUGGCUAGCGCUGUGGCCAAAGAGUGCGGAUUGAACUUUAUCUCUGUCAAGGGUCCCGAAAUUCUCAACAAGUAUAUCGGAGCCAGCGAAAAGAGCGUGCGCGAUUUGUUCGACCGCGCUCAAGCUGCCAAACCUUGCGUGCUCUUCUUCGACGAGUUCGACUCCAUUGCUCCUAAGCGCGGUCACGAUAGUACGGGCGUGACGGAUCGAGUGGUGAAUCAGCUGCUCACGCAGAUGGACGGAGCAGAGGGACUGGAUGGCGUCUAUGUCCUCGCCGCCACUUCUCGACCGGACCUGAUCGACAGCGCGCUUUUGCGUCCUGGCAGGCUGGACAAGUCCCUGCUGUGCGAUAUGCCCGACAUCGACGAUCGAUUGGAUAUCCUGCGAGCCGUGGCGAAAAAGAUCCGUCUGCAUGCAGAGGUGGAUUUGGAACGGUGGGCGAGGGAGACGGAAGGCUUUAGCGGUGCGGAUCUGCAAGCGCUGCUUUACAAUGCUCAUUUGGAGACCAUACACGAGGCCGUCGAGCGCGCUCCUAGGCCUGCCGCCGACGGCGGCGGCGGCGGCGGCGGCGGCGACAAGACGGUGGAUGUGGACAUGGACAGGAUCCGACUCGUCGACUUGAACGAAGCGGGCGGGAGCGGGAGCACAAACAUCAAGAGCGCAGCGGAGAGAAUGGCCCAGCUGAAAAGAGUGCAGACGAUCCUCUCCAGCACCCUAGCAUCCCGCACAUCCCACGCUCCAUCACACACUGGCGGCGCUCGCUCGGGGGAAAAAAGUGGAGGAGGAGCGUCAGGCGCCAGCGCCAGCGCCGGCGUAACGGACGCGCAUAUUUCCAAAUCCCUCCGAACCACGCGGCCCAGCGUGCCGGCUUCGGAGAGGGAACGCUUGAGGGGCGUGUAUGGAGAGUUUGCGGGAGACGAAAAGGGCGGAAGAGCGGCUAGAUUUCCGGAUGGGGAGGCGAGCAGGGAGGUGGGGGCGAGGGAGAGCUUGAUGUGAAGCGCGUGCGUGCGUGCGUGCGAGGAGGGAGCGAGCGAGCGAGCGAGCGCAAGGCAACCAACCUCCGCUCGCUUGGGAUGCGCGAACGCGAAUGCGAAUGCGAAUGCGAAUGCGAACACGCCGGACGAGCGUGUCUCUUGUAUGCUAAAGACAAGGAGUGCCAUCGUGGUUCGCAUCACGUGUCUGCACGAGUUGCCGGUGCUGGAUUCCGUAAAAGGAGAGGCAGUUGCGGUCGCGGUCGCGGUCGCGAGACAUUGCCCCCCAUGCAUGCAUCCUCGACCGAUAGACGCGAAGAGAGCAAGUCGCUGUUCACGAGGGGUAGCGCGCAGACGUGCAGACGUGCAGCUAGCAGCAGCAGCAGCGAGCGGUACUCGAGACUUUCUUCUGCGAGGCACAAAUCCUACUCGCGACUUUUACCCCUCCUCAAG